UUUGAGAGGCAAGUCCAUUGCCCACUGAGCUUUUAUUUGUGAGGAGAAUCCAUACUAAAUCGUAUAUAGUAUAGGUAUCAACAGCCAGUGGGCUAUUUCUGGAUCCAUGAAGGAAUUUUUAAAUUUGUGAAACCCAGCCCUCCUUUAUGUAAAGAAUAUAGAAAGUACGAGAGUACAGCAAUCUCACAAGUAUUUUUUAUUUAAUUAGUAUUUGUACUAGGUGACACCCUUUUCCACACCUCCCACCUCCUCCAUAAAUGACUCAGCCUCUGAAGGAGAAACCUCUGAGCCUUUCAGACAGUCAGAUGGAGUGUGUGAUACUGCUCUCUGUAAACUUUAACUACCCGUCGGUUCCAGGUGACCAUCAAGACAAUCUCCGGAGUGGGCCAGCUGCAGAGUACUUAUUUAUCAUAUAGAGAUCCCAAAGGAGGAUCCAUCCCUGAAUAAAAUGUCGACCUUCACCACAGGAAAAUCAUCCCCUAAUCAAAGUGGGAAAAGCAGACAACAGAUUGUUCAUGAUGACAACAGCAAGCGAAGGACGCUAUUGCAGGAUAGCAGCUGGAUAAAGAAAAGACCUGAGGAGGAGAGUACUAAUGAAAACUAUGGCAGAGUUGUGCUUAACCAAUACAAAUCUCAAGAUAGUUUACACAGUAACUUGAAUGAAAAGGAAGAUCAGAAAGUUUUACUCGGCCAAUACAGAUCUGAUACUACUUUAGACAGAAUUUCAGACACAAGAGAUGCCGAUAAAGCGAAUAAUUCCCCACCCUUAGAUAAUAGGACAACUAACAGACAGUCCUGGACUCCUUCAAAUACAUCAACCACCACCACCACCGCAUCUCCUGUGAAGCACAAAAGGCAGUCUUGGAUGCCACCACCAGUCUCUGGUUAUAAGAACGCCACAGUUACUGUGGAAAACAAAGGGCAGUCCAGAACCCCACUAGAUACAACCACCACAACUAGAGUUGAUACUAGACGAAUUGCUUCUUCAGAAAAUCCAGAAGGGCCAAAGACGCAGGUAUCUCCAUCAAAACCUGGCAUAUCUGUUACUGAAAGAAGAAUCACAACAGAAAGAACUACAAGGAGCCAAGAUCUUGAUAAUCUCAAAAAAAAUCCCACAACUCACACAAAUAACAAAGGAGGCCAAGAUCUUGAUGAGCUCAUUAAAGUAAAGGCUCUUGUGGAGCAAAAUAAAAAUCGGACAACUGAGAAACCCUCUGAUUCUGCUAGUGCUCCAAAUAACCGAUCUAACACAAACUUCUCUUAUGACAGAGGAUCCAGCAAUAGUACUUCAACCAAUUACUCAAGGCCAAAGGACAAUGUUGUGUACACCAGGACAUAUGAGGAGAAUAGCAAAUCACCCAAUGAUGCAUAUGAAGAAAAUGUCACUGGAAAGUCUAUCAAAACUGUUUACUCUACUUCUGAUCGGACUAUAAUUGAAAAAGAUAUAUGUACAUACUGCCGGAAGCCACUGGGUAUAGAUUCCAAAAUGAUCUUAGAUGCCUUACAGAUUUGCUGUCACUCAGCUUGCUUCAAGUGUGAAGUAUGCAAAAGCCCUCUGGAAGAUCUGAAAGCAGGAGACAGCAUUUGGAUUUACAGAAAUACUGUGCAUUGUGAACCCUGCUAUUUCAAAAUUAAAGAAAAAUGGAUCUACUAGUUUGGGCUUCCAGAAACCAGGAUAAAGAUACAUUAGUAUUUAGUUAAAUACAUUUUCCUAAUACUUAAACUAUGUAAAAUGUUUAAUUUUUGUGUUAGGACUGACAUAUUCUAAAUGUAAGAUUACUAAAUAGUCACUAUAGGAACAUAGUCUCUGAGACUUAAAAUGACUUUAUAAAUACUUCCAGAAAGCAACAAAAUAUAUGGUUCAGUGUGUCCAUCAGGUGUGUGAAAGUUAUUUCUACAUGUGAUUUAGCAAAAGUAGAGCAACCUUGAAAUGUAUCAUAUGGAAGGACAUAUCUCUGCCUGUGAGUUUUGAAGGACCUGUUUUCUGUUUAUCCAAAAUACACUUGAUAACAAAUAAAGAGUUGAGUUGUUAUCUUUA